AUCUCUGCCCAAGUCUCCAAUAUUUAAUUUUGUUUCAGCAUAAUAUUUACCUCUCAGCAUAAAUUGCGGAAAACAAAAGUUAUUGUUUAUGUAAAUAGUUAUUAGCUAAUUUUUCGUCGCAAGCAUGGAAUCCGAGGAUGCUGAUUCAGAAAUUGUGUAUGGGACACACGAUGAUGCUGCGUUAGUGAUGUCGGAAAAGGUGCAGUCUCUAGCCGGUUCAAUUUACCAAGAAUUUGAACGAAUGAUACAACGUUACGAUGAAGAUGUUGUGAAAUCGCUAAUGCCAUUACUCGUUAAUGUGUUAGAAUGUUUAGAUUCGGCUUAUCAAACCAAUCAAGAGCAAGAUGUUGAACUAGAAUUACUUCGCGAGGAUAAUGAGCAACUAGUAACGCAGUAUGAAAGAGAAAAGAGUGCUCGAAAGCAAUCGGAACAAAAACUUUUGGAGACCGAAGAUUUAGCAGAACAAGAAAAUAAGGAACUAGCUAGUCGUUUGGAAUCGCUAGAAAGCAUUGCUAGAAUGUUGGAAUUAAAACACAAAAACAGUCUGGAUCAUUCCAGUCGCCUGGAAGAGCGUGAAUCGGAGCUUAAAAAAGAAUACAGUAAGUUACAUGAACGCUACACUGAAUUGUUCAAAACACAUGUUGAUUACAUAGAACGAACCAAAAUUAUGAUGGGUAAUCCAUCAUACUCCCAAAUUGGGGCCCCAUCGGAACGGAUAGAUUUACACCGAUCUAGGUUGCUUCCACCAGUUCGUUCCCCUGGUCCAAUUUCAUAUGGAUUUGCAUCACUGGAGACAUCCGCUAUAUUUGACUCAGAUGCAAUAUGCAGCGCAGAUAGUAGCUCUGGUUCAGGACCAUCGUCGCUUCAAAAUGAAUUGAAUAAAAAAAUAGCAGCAGAGCAAUCAUCUGAAGCUGAUGAAACUACUCAGGCAGUAUCACCCCUGGACGAGAUCAAACAAGUUUCAAAAACCAUCGGUGGAAAAACAACAACCAAAAAUGAACAAAGAUCUAGUAAUACUCUUUAUCAGGAGCUUUCAUUUCAAGACGAAACUAUUGAAAGUGAAGAGACCGAUAUAACAGGAGGUUGGGUACAUCCUGGUGAUUAUGCUUCGUCUGCGCAUGAUAACUUUUUCGGCAUGGGCAAAGAAGUUGAAAAUCUAAUCAUGGAAAACAACGAGUUACUAGCGACUAAAAAUGCCUUGAAUAUUGUUAAGGACGAUCUUAUAGUAAAAGUGGACGAAUUGACAGGCGAAAUAGAGAUUUUGCGAGAAGAGCUGAAUGCUGUAAUACUUUCGAGAAAUAAAUUGAGAUCUAAAGUUGAAGAGUUAGAAGAAGAAUUGAAAAAAACCAAAGCUCUUGUGAAACAAAGUACUAAUGAUCAGGAAGAAGAAGGUGAUAUUCCAAUGGCACAAAGAAAGCGGUUUACAAGGGUAGAAAUGGCGCGCGUUCUGAUGGAAAGAAAUCAGUAUAAAGAACGUUUCAUGGAGCUCCAAGAUGCUGUGCGUUGGACGGAAAUGAUGCGCGCAUCUCGCGUGGAAAAUCUGGACAAAAAAUCCAAACAAAGUAUUUGGAAGUUUUUUAGUAAUCUAUUUAGCUCAAACGAUAGACCUCCAGAUCCAUCUGGCAGGUUACUUCGGUAUAAUACGACCAGUAGUCCAUCAAUGUCUGGUAUAUCAGAAACAGGCCCAUUAACAGAUUCAACGCAUUUUCAUUCUUUGAAAAAUUCAGCUGUGGUCAUAUUAAAUAAAGAAACAGAUGUGUCCAAUUCGGGAAAAGUGUCGCAAAAGAGGCGAGAUCAUUAUAGACAAGUUAGAGCUCAUGUUCAGAAGGAAGAUGGGCGACUUCAAGCUUAUGGAUGGAGUCUUCCUACUACAAAAUCAUUAAUCAGUAGUUAUCACACUAAAGUUAAUAAUGGGGUCCCGGUUCCUGUUCCAGUCUAUUGUAGACCGUUGGCGGAAGCAAGCCCACACAUGAAAGUUUGGUGUGCCAGCGGUGUUAAUCUACACGGAGGAUUUAGAAGAGAUGGCAGUUGUAUAGUUGAAGCUAGUGUAUUAUACUCAAGGAAAUACGAAACAAAAAUUACAGAAGUCGUGGAAAAAUCUGAAUUCGAUAUCAAUAACAUCGAUUCUCUUGAUAAGCAGACGAUGGCUGCGAAUAUCAAAUUGAACAGUGAGACAGACUUGAGCUCUUUUGUGUGGAUAUGUACUAGUACUCACUCAGCAAGUACUGUUACCGUUAUUGAUGCUAAAAACCCAGCUGAAGUUUUAGAUACAUUUCCAGUUUGUCAAAACCACUUGCUUUGUAUUUGUACGGUACAUGGUGCAAUAGAGCGAGAUUAUGCUAUACCAGAGAAUAGUGAAAUAACUAAUACAGGGGAGAUGCUUGAAAAUCCCGGAGAAGCUCCAGAUGGCGUUGGCAGAGUGACUUUUGUUAGAAACGAAAGCACUAUGAAAUUACAAGAAAAAGCCGGCACCGACGUUAUGCCAACAGCACUAACAGAUGAUCGAUAUAAAGACAGUAUGGGUGUCGUACAUCGAACAACUUUAGAUUCUACGAUUUCUAACAACAACAACAGCAACCAGACGAAUGAAACUGAACCUCAUGUACAAACGGAAGAGCCUUCAUUUUCUUCUGUUGGACCGACGAUGUGGAUGGGUGCUCAGAAUGGCAUGUUAUACGUGCAUAGCUCGAUUGCCAAAUGGAACAUUUGUCUGUAUAAAGUUAAGCUACCAGAUUCAAUUCUUUCGAUAGUGCAUAUUGAGUCUCGAGUUGUGGUAGCAUUAGCAAAUGGAUCGCUGGCAGUAUUUAGAAGGCAACUCAAUGGAGAAUGGGAUACGAAAAAUUACCAUAUAUUAACGCUGGGAUCUCCAAGACAUUCAACUAGAUGUCUUACGCUAGUAGGUGACAAAGUGUGGGCAGCACAUCGGAAUAAGAUUCACGUCAUCGAUCCCAUAUCACUGACUGUUGUGCAGUCUUUUGAAGCGCAUCCAAGAAAAGAGAGCCAAAUUCGACAGAUGACAGCCACGGGCUCAGGUGUAUGGAUAUCUAUCAGACUGGAUUCAACGCUGAGGCUGUACUCAUCACAAACAUAUUGUCAUGUUCAAGAUAUCGACAUUGAACCAUACGUAUCCAAAAUGCUCGGAACAGGGAAGCUAGGAUUUUCCUUCGUGCGCAUAACUGCUCUUCUUGUGUCUUGUCAUCGAUUAUGGAUAGGAACUGGUAAUGGUGUUGUGAUUUCAGUACCACUGAGCGAGACAGCAGGUCAGGAUCCUUCUCCAUUGUUACCUCGGUGUUGCAUGGCCAAUGCACAACUCUCAUUUCACGGACAUCGAGAUGCAGUUAAGUUUUUCGUCGCUGUACCAAUGAAUUCUGAUAACCGUUAUUCGUGCAAAAAGGAUAUGUUAGUAUUAUCUGGCGGAGAAGGUUACAUCGAUUUUCGGUUAGAUAGUCGUAUCUCUGUUCUACCAAUUAUUGGAUUGUACCACCAGCAGAUUAUAACAUAUACUCAUGCUAUCAAGAGCGGACGUGAUAUUGUAUCCAAUGUGAACUUCCACGUAAUCAACCAUAGUCAUCACACGAGACAAGCUCAUUAUAUACCUGUUCUAAAACCAAGGACUGACUACGGGAAGAGGAAUCUAGCAUACCUUGGACCUUUCCUUCACAACCGGAUACCAGAAGAUAUAAAACGUAUUUCGAAUACGCCACUAUUUAAAUCUAAGCUUAACUUACAUCUGAAAUCAAAUGUUCAUAGAUAUUUAUUGUAAAUUUUUUACGAGUAGUAGCCAUCCCCUUCAAAGAGUCAGAGGCUUACUGGGGAUGCUGAACAAGUCUUGGUGUCGUUUGUUGUGGUUGUGGCCAGAGUGCUUGC